AUGAAAAUCUGCAGACUGGCUAUUGAGCUGCUGUUUUCUCAUCAAUACACUGCUAUUCAUAAUCUUUCACUUUGGUUAUCUCUCUUUUUUUACCUUAUAGUAGACGUCCACAAUAAGAAAGAUGCCAUUACACCACCUUCAUUCAAAGAACACGACCCAGCUUACUGGGACGCCCGACAGGAAGUUCCAGAGCCUGAGCUCAUCCCUAAAGUCAAGGAGCCUGAUGACCCAAGUAUAUACUUACCAAUCCCAGAGGAAUCCACUACCACUCCUCGAACAGUUGCCCCUUGGUAUGAGGAAUACAAUUAUUCUGACUUGGCAGCAAAGAAGCUGGAGGAAGAGCUGGAAAAAGCAAGAAAGGCCAAAGAGGAGAAGGCGGAAAAACUACGGAAGAUGUGGGAAGAGGAGGAGGAGGAGAAGAGAAAGCAGAUGGUUCCUCAUGCCGAGCCAAAGAAGUGUCCUUCUCUUGGCAUGGAGUCUCAUCGAGUGGAGGACGAUCAGAUACUGGCAUCUUCUAUGUCUCAUCAUGGUCAUUCAGCCCUGAGAGGACGUCUGAACAUGCAGAGUUCAGCUGACAAGGACGACGUUUACGGUGGUGCAUGGUGUGCUGAUACGGAGGAGAAGGAGCACUGGUUUCAGGUGAACGCCCGUCGAGAGGUGGAGUUCACUGGCGUCAUCACGCAGGGUAGGAGCUCGGAUACACAGUAAGACAUAGAUCAAAUCAUUUGGACUCUUUCUGAUAACAAGAAAGACAAGAAGACACCUAAACUGGCAAAUCCUCCUCUCUUCCAGUGAUGACUUUGUG